AGAGUGAGGCCAUAAAUUUAUGCGCCAGUAAAAUGGCCGACAUGAAGACCGAAAUUAAGCUGGAGGGCGACUGGCUGAGUUGGUGUCGCCUAUGCGCCAAGGACGAUGCACGGCGGAAUGUGAAAGUGAUUUGUAGUCAGGAGGGGGUGGCGGAUGGAAGCUGGGACAGUGUUCUUGUCAUGGCCAUCAGAAAGUACUUUGAGGUGCAUAUGCGGCUGGAAGACGAACUGAGCAGUGUUCUCUGCACUGAAUGCUACACAUUGAUAAGCGAACUCAUUGACUUUGCCGAGCAUGUUACCAAGGUGCAAGCCAUCUUUGAAGUACUACGUCGUACUGAUCCGACCACACCCUUUGAUGUGGAGGCACUGCGACAGCAAUACGGACUGGGUGAGAACGAUUGGACCCACAUCAUCAAGCCAUCGGACUAUGAAGGCGAAUUGGAGAAGAAUGACUUAAAGGUAGAUGUGGCUCAAGAAUUUGUUGACCUCAAUGCCAGCUUGGAGUGUGAAAGUGCACGGAUGCAUGCGGACGGCAUGGAAGAAGUAACGGCCCUCGAAGAAGUUGCCAUUGUUGGUUUGGAAGAGGCAGAAAAGGAGGAGCAUGCGACCAAAGACACACUAAUAAAAAGACCGCGUGGUCGACCCAAAGGCUCCACGAAUGCCAAAAGGCUUAAACUUAUAACCAAUCGUACCAGCGAUGGUACAAAAGAGCAAUCUCAAAAAUCUCUGAAAGGCCAUUUUCAGAGUACUGCCGACAGUAUUACUUUAGAGUACAGCGUUGAUUCAAAGGAAAGGUCGCGUUCCUCAAGUCUAAAUGGAGACCUCGAAUUUCCGCCCGAAGAUCGCAGCUCAUCGAUAGCCACUAACGAGGCUCUGGAGUCUUGCGAUAGUGAAGAGAGUUCCGCUGAUGAAGGGUUGACUAAACGAAGUCGCAUGACUUGUACGGAUUGUGGCAAGUCCUAUAAGAAACCCGCAUGUUACAAAAAGCAUUUGAAACGUGGUUGCCAGAGAGUGACGGAUCGUCAGAAAGUGGACAAAAAUGUAACAUGUGAGAUAUGCAAUAAGACUCUUUCGUCAGCAUCAGCCUUAAAGCUGCACAAGGAGGGCAUACACGAGAAUGCAAAGCCCUUCAUCUGCGACUGCUGCGGGAAACCGUUGAAGACGCUCACAGCUCUCAAUGAACACAAAUUGGUGCAUACUGAGGAGCGCCCCUUUGUGUGUACCAUUUGCAAAGCAGGCUUCAAGAACAAAGCGCGACUGAAGAUUCACAAUCAAAUUCACGAGGAGCCGAAUUUCGUUUGCAAUAUCUGCGGCAAGAAGCUGCAGACACGUCGCACUUGGAACAUGCACAAGCUGGUGCACACCGAGGAACGGAAAAUGAAAUGCGACGUUUGCGGUGCCUGCUUUAAACGCUCCAAGACCCUGAAGACGCACUUACUCAGCCACACGGGCCUGCGGCCCUAUGUCUGCAACUAUUGCGGCCGCACCUUUGCGUGCAAUGCCAAUUGCCGUGCUCACAAGAUAAAAAAACAUCCGCAGGAAGUGGAACAGGAGGACGGGGAAGGCGUGUCGUCGCGCCUUAAUGUGCCUACGCUCGAUGAGCUGCGCGUUAUCACCCAGAAAAUACCCAAGGUAUUAAAUGAAGCGCCGGCCGAGCUGGCCAAUGGCGUGAAGAUCGUUCCAACCUAAAUUGGAUGCGGAUCGGUGGACACAAUGCAUUUCAUUCUAAGAAUUUAAUAAACCUUAGUGAUUUUCUAGUUAUUUUCCAUUUACGCCCCCACAGUGUUACUUGUAAUUCAUUCCCAACUAAUGAUCAGCCUUGCUAGUCUUUUAUUUAUUAGCUGAACUCACACACAUUUAUAUAUCCGCAUAUUUUUCAAUAAAUAUACAUAUGUAUGUAAUUAA